AUGAAAAAGGCUGUUUUCUUUUUAGGAAUUUCAGCAGGCUCUGCUUUUUCUGUCUUAAAUUGAGAAUUUUCUAUUCCCAAUCCAGUCGGUCCUCCGUAUCAAGAACUCCCUAAGCUUCCUUACGAAUCUCACCCAAAUUCUCACUUUAUCUCAAAAAUUCCUAAAAAAAUAGGUAUCAUUGGAGGAGGCUUAGCAGGCCUUGUGACUGCAAAAAUACUAAAAACUCAAGGCUAUGAAAUCGAAAUACUAGAAAAACAGUCAACUCCAGGUGGAGUUUGAUCAGAAAAUUACGAUGAAGCUGGGCUUCAAUUUGCUUUUCGGUCAUAUUAUCUACCAGAUGAUCCAAUUAAAAACGCCCCAAUGCUCCCUAAACUUGAUUAUUUACAGCACUGAAUUAACGAAGACAUAAUUAAAAAAUUCAAUUUACUCCCUUUGCUUCACUGCGAUGCAAAUGUAACUUCAAUAAGGCAAAAUGAGGAUGAGUCAUGACAAGUUAACCUUUCAGAUGGAAAAUCAAUAAAUUAUGACUUUUUAGUAUUGUGCGCAGGUCUUUAUAAUUUGCCAAAUAUACCUAAAAUUAAGGGUGAAGAAAGUUUUAAAGGGAAAAUAAUACACAGCAGUAAGUUUAUAAAUGCCAAAAAAUUAUGUGAAGGAAAAAAUGUUGUUGUUAUAGGAGGACUGAGAAGCGCAUAUGAUAUUUCUAAUAUAGCAGCGAAAAAUGGAGGAAAAGUUAUUAAUAUACAAAGGAGAGUCCACUGAACCAAGCCUUAUGGGAAAAAAUUUUUUGGGAUUAAUAUAGAAAAGCUGCUUUUUACAAGAUUUGGCCAAUUAUUUUUAAUGCCUGUCGAUGAUGGGUUUUGGCUCUAUAACUAUUGCAAGCCUUUAGUUAACUGAUUUUAUAAACAAGUCGAAAAAAAAUUCAAAGAAGACCUCCCAGAAUUUCUGCAUCCAGAUCUGUCUUAUGCCUCUUCAAGAAGUGUUGAUAUAAAUAUCAGAGACGAAGAAAUCAUUAAAAAAUAUAUUUCAGGUGAAAUAAAGCAUGUUAAAGGGACUGUCAAUGAAAUUACCCCUGAUGGGGUUAUUGUCGGGGAUAAUCAUUAUAAAGCUGAUUUAAUUGUUUAUGCAACUGGAUUUCAGUUUAGUACUUUUGGGAUAGAACAAGAAGAAGAUGGAACUUGAAUGUAUAGGCAUACAAUAAUUCCUGGGAAAAAGAAUCUGGCCGUUAUUGGGAUGUUUAGAAAUGUAGGGGCUUGUCUGGGAUUUUCAAUACAAGCAUGCUGGCUGGCUGAAGUUCUCAGAGGUAAGGUAGCUUUGCCGGGAAAUGAGGAAAUGAAAAAUGAUAUUGCGAAAAGAAAAAAAAUUGUAAGAAAAUUUAUUAGGCCUUGCAAUAACUUAAACACUGUUGCAGGGGGCAUUUUUUCAUAUGAUCCUUUUAUGAGGGAUAUGGGACUUCAAAUAAGGAGACAGAAAACUUUAUUUAAACAUUAUUUUGGCUUUUUGGACGUUGCAGAUUAUAAAGCAGUCAUAACACAUCGAGUGUAA